AUGUCAUUGGAAGCUUUACUUGAAGCAGGGAAGGCGAAAGGUGCGUCAAUCGACCCCCGGAUCUCUUUUCUCAACACCGACUCUUCGGGUCUUUCCGCAUUUGCCAAAGUAACCGAAGAGGAAGGUGCAAAAUUUCCAAUUUCAAUCCAGAUCCCUAAUUCACUGAUAAUAAAACCCGAAAAUGCAAUUGAAGAUCUUGAUGUCACCACGGGAAAGAUAGAUUCUCUGAUACUGUUUAAGUUUUACCUUGCCUGUUUGCGACUUGGUAUCGUCUCAAAUGACAAUUUCAAGGCAUACAUUGAUCUUCUUCCGGAUGCAACGCAAAUACACAGUCCCUUGUCAAUGGACUACAAGUCUCUCUACGUUUUUGAAAAUACAGCACUAAACUCAUCAGUGGUAGAGAGAAAACUGGAACUUUUGCGCAAAGAUUUCGUACAAGUUUCAAGUCUCAACUCAAAGGUGUCAUUCAGUGACUAUUUAUGGGCGCAUCUCAUAGUGACGUCCCGAGCAUUCCCAUACAGGAUUGUGAAUCCAAAUGCACUGUCACACGAAGUCAUGCUUUUACCAAUUGUGGAUCUUUUGAACCAUAAACCCCAUGCAAAGGUGGAAUGGUCGAGCAACUCUGAUGGAGACUUUAAAUUAUCGAUUUUGAAAUCUACCGGCCAAAGUGGAAAGUUCGAGAUUUUCAACAACUAUGGACCGAAGGGUAAUGCCGAGCUAUUAAUGGGUUAUGGAUUUGUCUUGGAAGAUAACGAGUUUGAGUCAUUACAGCUAUCGCUUACUUUAGAUAUUGCUUUAAAGACAAACCUGUUAACAGAAUGGAAAAUCGUGUUGCCCGUACUGAGCGAUUUCACCAACAACGCUUUUGAAACAAAAGAUACAGACACUGCUGCUGGGAGUGAUGACACUACGGUAUUCAUGCUAAAUAUCUUCAGACCGAUACCUGAUGGACUACUCGAGCUUUUCUGCUACAUAAAUAGAAACGCAUGCGAUAAGGGAAUGACACUGAAAAAUACCAUGAAUGGGUUGAACCAACUCAGACAGAGCUUAGAAGCUAAAUAUAUGAACAAGCUGGAUAAGAUGCCCGGAUACGAUAACCAGUUUAUCUCAGAAAGAGAAUAUUGGAACGCAAAAACAUUCAGGCAAGGCCAGUUGAAAAUAUACAACUGCACAAAGGCUGAAAUCAAGUUAAGAGAGAAAAGACUUUUGAAGGAACACAGAAAGUACUUCAUCACCUUGAAGGACAUUUUCAAAAAGGACGAGGAAUUCCAAGAGUUUAUAGAUGUGUGUGGAUGGAACAAGGAGAUGGACGAACUUGACAAAUCUGAGAUGGAGCUCAUGUUAAGACUAUGGGUGAUGAAGACCGUCAACUACUCAAGCAUCAAUAACAACACCACCGUUAUUACCCCCCGUAUUGAUGCACAAUGGAUCAUUGACCUUUUCUAUGAGGAACCGGAGCCGACAGCACUAGACGACGAGUUCAUGACUGAUUUGUACGGCCAAUUGAUACCCGCCCUAAAGGAGAAUUAUCCCGAACUUAUCAAGGGCGACCGCUGGAGAUUAGAAGACUGGCUCAAAAUCGACCAGCUGGUGUCCGAGAACUCGUAUGAAAAGGGGAAAACCCAAGAACCUUUGCUAAUAAAGCCGCUAGAGCUCUAA